AUUUAUUUCAUAGUUGUUCAGUUUUUCUGUAAUGUGCGGAAUGUUUCUAGAAAAGUUUAAUCGCAUCGAUAAAGAAUGUGUAUUCGUUUAUCGUGUCAUGAUAACAGAUAGCAUGAUGGAAAAGCUGGGAGUUAAUUCCGAUUUAAAUAUUGCGCAGUUUUGAAAAGAAAAAAUAAUUAUACGUGAAGAUUCUGUAGUCUGUAUCUUUUUCUCGUGAAAUCAAUAUUACGGAUGUAACUGAAGUCAUAGCAACCAUUAUCGAAGUAACUGAGUAUAGUAACGAAUUGCAUUGGCAGUUUAUCUGGUAGUAAGGCUCAUUAACUUUUCUGACAAAGUUUAAUUUUAAUUUGAAAUGAGGGGCAAAAAUAAAAAGAAACCCGUGAAAAACAAUGGCAAGAAUGGGAAGAAGGGUAAAAAUGGCAAAAAUAAUAACGGUGAUAAAAGUAAAGGUACAAAGAAAUCCAGAAAAAGUGGUGGAAGAGCAAAGUUCACCAUGGAUAUCUUCAAUGAAGAAGCCAUGGAAAAUGCUUACUACACUUGUCACAAUAUCAUGGAUGUCUUAAAAUGCAGAGGAUUUCCUUGGCCAGAAGCUCAGAAGAAGAAAAAGAAGAAAGGAAAGAAGAAGUGAAUUUCAGACAUCUCUAUCACAAAAUAACCAAGGAUGAGGCACAGAAGAUUGGCUACAACAUUCACCGAAUUGUCGUGAACACUUUUGACGAACAAAUGACAACGGAG